AUUUCCUUAAAAUAUGUAAAAAAAAAAAGGAGGAACGUUGACAUUUAAAAACAUGCCGCUUUUAGUUUUAACAGGAAUCCAAGUGGACAUUUGUAACAAAUUUCAAAGAUAGAUGUUUUUUUAUAUCAAGGAUUAUAGUACACAUGCCGACAAACAGUAAAAUGAAGUUUUCCUUUUUUGUUCCCAAAUAUUCAACGGUUGUGAUUUUGUUUUACAUGUAUAAUGCUGUAUUAUUUGUGUCAACAAAUGGAGAAGCCAGUUGUGAGCCCAGCACAUUUGGACCUAAUUGUUUGUAUUCUUGUAAUUGUGAAUUGUCAUGUGACCAAUUGAGUGGAGCUUGUAGUAUGUGUAAACCGGGAUGGAAUGGACCUAACUGUCAGAUGCACAAUGUAGCCAUGAAUAAACCAACCAGAUUAAGGAAAUUUCCCAAUGAAAUGGCUGACCAGUUGGUUGAUGGAGAUCGGGAAAACACUUGUUUGUCUGUCAGUGGGGUAGAUACCCAAAGACUAAAAAUAGAUUUUGGUGUAACCGAGUCAUUACAUCAUAUAACAAUAUUUGACAAACCUAAUCGUGCUCAGUCAGAGAGAGUAUGGUCAAAUGAUUUGAACGUAAAGAUAGGUAAUACCACAGUGUUAAAAGAUGCCACCUCCUGUCACAACCAUACUGGGGAUUUCCCACUGAAUGGUGAACUUGAUAUUGAGUGUAAGGUCAGUGGCCAACAUUUGUACCUGAUAAAGAAGACAGAACCCAAAGAACUGAAGAUAUGUGAAGUGGAGGCUUAUGUGUGUACAGAUUAUACAUGGGGAAAUGAAUGUGAAAAUUUUUGUGGUAACUGUAAAUAUGGCACCACUUGUAAUCAGUUGACGGGAGAGUGUCCUAAUGACUGUGAAGAUGGUUGGUAUGGUUACAGAUGUGAUACCUAUCAAAACUUUUUGAACCUGGGCUCUCAAAACACAACUGCUGAUGAGACAACACAAUCUACAGCAACAGACAUAACAACACAAUAUGCAGCAACAGACAUAACACAACCUGCAGCAACAGACCUGACAACACAAUUAGCAGCAACAGAAGUAACAACACAAUUAAUAGCAACAGAUGUAACAACACAACCUGCAGCAACAGACCUGACAACACAAUUAGCAGCAACAGACCUAACAACACAAUUAGCAGCAACAGACCUAACAACCCAGUCUGGAGCAACAGACCUAACGACACAGUCUGGAGCAACAGACCUAACCACACAAUCUGCAGCAACAGACCUAACAACCCAGUCUGGUGCAACAGACCUAACAACCCAGUCUGGAGCAACAGACCUAACGACACAGUCUGGAGCAACAGACCUAACCACACAAUCUGCAGCAACAGACCUAACAACCCAGUCUGGUGCAACAGACCUAACAACCCAGUCUGGAGCAACAGACCUAACGACACAGUCUGGAGCAACAGACCUAACCACACAAUCUGCAGCAACAGACCUAACAACACAGUCUGGAGCAACAGACCUGACAACACAGUCUGGAGCAACAGACCUAACCACACAAUCUGCAGCAACAGACCUAACAACCCAGUCUGGUGCAACAGACCAAACAACACAGUCUGGAGCAACAGACCUAACAACACAGUCUGGAGCAACAGACCUAACAACACAAUCUGCAGCAACAGACCUAACAACACAAUCUGAAGCAACAGACCUGACAACACAGUCUGGAGCAACAGACCUAACCACACAAUUUGAAGCAACAGACCUAACAACCCAGUCUGGUGCAACAGACCUAACAACACAGUCUGGAGCAACAGACCUAACAACACAGUCUGGAGCAACAGACCUAACAACACAUUCUGGAGCAACAGACCUAACAACCCAGUCUGGAGCAACAGACCUAACAACACAAUCUGCAGCAACAGACCUAACAACCCAGUCUGGAGCAACAGACCUAACAACCCAGUCUGGAGCAGCAGACCUAACAACCCAGUAUGGAGCAACAGACCUAACAACACAGUCCGGAGCAACAGACCUAACAACACAGUCUGGAGCAACAGACCUAACAACACAGACUGGAGCAACAGACCUAACAACACAAUCUGGAGCAACAGAUAUAACAACACAAUCUGCAGCAACAGAUGUUUCAACACAAACCGAGGCAACUGAACAAAUAACACAAAGUGUGGCAACACAACAAACAACGCAAGCUUCAGGAACAGAAAUUUCAACCCAGGUUGCAGUAACAGACCUAACAACACAAAUUAAUGCAACAGAAAUAACAGCUCAAACUGCAGAAACAGAAAUUACAACACAAAAUUCAGAGUUAACAACACAAAGUUCAAGUACAGAAGCCUUGACACAAACUGAGGGUACUACCUUAAGUAUUGCAAGUGGCACUGCUACACAAGGAACAACAAUGAACAAUGACAUUUUUACUACCACAGAAGGAGCAACAGUUACAGCAAAUGAGACUGCCACAGAUGGGACAACAAACAGUUUGCCAACUGUAACUCCUAGUGAAGGAUCAACAGCAAAUAUGACCAAUGACCCUGCCACUGAUGUCACAACAAAUGUUGUAACUGUAUCUAACAGUACUGUCACUGAAGCUGUAACAGUCAGUAUGGCAAGUGUGACUGACACACAGGAGACAACACACAGUUUAGUAACUAUCCCUGUUACAGAAGAAACAACAAUAAAUUUAGCAACAUACACAACUGGUACUGCCACAGAAGAAACAACAAAUAAUUUCACUACUAGUACAUCUACUGAUGGAGUAACAGUGAGUGUGGGAUCUGGCACUGCUACUGAAACAACUGGUUCUUCCAAUGAAAUGACAACCAUUAGUAUGGUAAAUAGUAGUGCAACAGAAGGCAUAACAAUGAGUAUGGCAACAGGCAAUGCUACUGAAAUGACAACAAUCAGUAUGGAGACUGGCACUGCCACUGAAGGGGCAACAAUGAGUAUGGCGACUGGCACUGCUACUGAAGGGGCAACAAUGAGUAUGGCAACUGGCACUGCUACUGAAGGGGCAACAAUGAGUAUGGCAACUGGCACUGCUACUGAAGGGGCAACAAUGAGUAUGGCAACUGACACUGCUACUGAAGGGGCAACAAUGAGUAUGGCAACUGACACUGCUACUGAAGGGGCAACAAUGAGUAUGGCAACUGGCACUGCUACUGAAGGGUCAACAGGAAAUUCUACUGAAGUGACAACAAUGAGUAUGGUGCAAGGCACUGCUACUGAAGGGGCAACAAUGAGUAUGGCGACUGGCACUGCUACUGAAGGGACCACAAUGAGUAGUACAACUGGUACUGAAAAUGGCACUGCCACUGGAGAAACAACAAUGAGUAUGGCAACUGGCACUAACACUGGCACUGCAACUGAAGAAACAACAAUGAGUAUGGCAACUGGAACUGCCUCUGAAGAAACAACAAUGAGUAUGGCAACUGGCACUGUUGCUGAAGGGACAACUGUGAAAGAGGAGCCUAGCAUAGCGACUGAAGGGACAACUUUUAGUAUGGCAACUGGCACUUCUACUGAAGAGACAACAGGUAGCAUGGCAACUGUUUCAUCAUCUGAAGAAACAACAGUGAGUUUUUCAACUGGCACUGCUGCUGAAGGUACGUCAGUGAGUCUGGCAACUGGCACUGCUACUGACGGAAUGUCAGUGAGUAUGGAAACUGGCACUGCUGCUGAAGGAACGUCAGUGAGUAUGGCAACUGGCACUGCUGCCGAAGGAACAUCAGUGAGUAUGGCAACUGGCACUGCUGCUGAAGGAACAUCAGUGAGUAUGGCAACUGGCACUGCUGCUGAAGGGACAACAAUGAGUAUGGCAACUGGCACAGCAACUGAAGAAACAACUAUGAGCAUGGCAACCAACCCAGCAACUGAAGAAACAACAAGUUUGGCCACUGGAACAGUAUCUGAAUUGACAACAAUGUUUAUGACAACUGGUUCAGCAACUGAAAGCACUUCUGUUGUUACUGAAAUAAGUACUAUGGAACAAACUGUUAAAGGCUCUACUGUAUUUUCAAUAACAGCAGGCCCAGCUACAGGAUCAUCACAAAAUGUCAUCCUAAUUGUUAGUAUAGUGAUUCCCAUUUUGUUACUUCUACUCAUUGGUUUAAUCUUUGUAAUUCUUUUUAAGAAAAAGAGAAAAAAAAGUGCUGAUUUGUACACUAAUGUCCGUUUGAAUGAAUACAAGAAGUCGCGACCAGACGGAUCUGUUAAUGUAAUAAAUGAGUUUGAUCUUCCAGGAACAGAGACAACAUCAUUAAAUAGAAGUCGUAAUCCAAGUUUGGCAAGUUUAGGCAGUGUAGGCAAGGGUAGUGUAGGCAGUGGAAACAGCCAGAACCAUGUGUAUAAUAAUGUUCCUACAAAGAAAGCUGUACCGAUCAACAAGCUACAGUCAUAUAUAGCAGCAAUGAAUAGUAAAAAAGGAUUUGAAAAGGAGUAUAAGAUAUUACCAGCUGGGAUGGUUUUACCACAUAAAAUAGGUCUUUUUGAAGAAAACAGAAGUAAAAAUAGAUAUAUUAAUAUGAUUUCUUAUGACCAUUCUAGAGUAGUACUAGAAAGAGAGAUUGAGGGAGAUUAUAUUAAUGCUAACUAUAUUGAUGGUUUUAUCAGAAGAAAUGCAUACAUAGCCACACAAGGUCCAACAAGAAACACAACAGAAGAUUUCUGGUAUAUGAUCUGGCAAGAGGAAGUCGGCAAAAUUGUUAUGUUGACCAAUUUAGUGGAAGCCAAUAAGGUGAAAUGUUAUAAGUACUGGCCAACAGAAGACAGUGACUUAUUAUUAAAUAGUUUACAGAUAUCACUGAACUCUGAGGAGAACUAUCCCUCGUUUGUUAUCAGAAACAUAUCUAUUAUUGAUGUGGAGAGAAAUGAAACAAGAAACAUAACUCUAUUCCAUUUUACUGCCUGGCCUGACCAUGGAGUUCCUGAUCCAUUCCAGAUAAUGAUAUUUCACAGGAAAAUAUCCCAAACUUCAACACCUCUUGGUGGUCCAAUGGUGGUUCAUUGUAGUGCUGGCAUUGGUCGUACAGGUACAUUAGUGGCUAUUGAUUCACUGUUUAAACAAGGAGAAGCCUCCUAUUACUUAGGAAUUAACCAGUACGUCAGAGAGAUGAGACAAAAUCGUGUUAAUAUGGUGCAAACUCUAACUCAGUAUAUAUUUAUACAUACGACUUUACUUGAGAUGUUUGCCUGCAGUAAAGAUCCUGUGAUAUCUAGAGAUAUGUUCUACCAAGUAUGGGCAGAUCCACAGUUCAAAGACAAAGUCCACGAUGAAUAUUUGAGUUUGAUGGCACUAAGACCAGAAUUUGCUGAUGGUGAAUAUUCUAUAGCUAAUGAUCCUGUCAACAUUGAUAAACACAGAAACAGUAAAAUAAUGGCUUUGGAUAAAUACCGAGCCUAUCUCCAGUCUUAUUCUGUAAACCGUACGGAUUAUAUCAAUGCUGUUAUUUUACCAUCUCACUACAGUCAGCAGGGUUUUAUCCUGACCCAGUUCCCAAUGAAAUCUACUGUGGUAGAUUUAUGGCAGAUGUUAUAUGAUUACCAGUCAAACACUGUUGUUAUAACUGAUAUAUUGCAUUUCGAUGAACAGGAUAAUGGUGUAUUCUGGCCUGGUAUUGGUGAAAGUUUAACUUUGGGAGCGUUUGUAAUACACUGUGUGGCACAGUCUGGAAAUAGAGACAUUACUGUUAAUCUUUCAAACAAGAAAGCAGCAGAGUAUUCCAACAAAAGUUUAGACAUAAAGAUAUUAAUAGGAACAGGUUGGUCUGAGAACCAGGAUGUUCCAGGAGAUGCAGACUACUGGUUUGAAUUACACAAUGAUAUACAUAAAUGGCAGGAAGGUCAAGGUCAAAAACCAAUUACGGUUUUAAGCAGGGAUGGUGGUAGCCGUGGUGCAUUAUAUUGUGCAGUGUCUAAUGUAUUAGAUGCAUUGGAUAUCUAUCAAGAUGUAGAUGUGUUCCAUGCAUUUAGACAGAUUCAUAAUAGAAAACCUGAAGUUCUCUUAUUCAAAGAACAGUAUGAGCAUUGUUAUGAAGUGGCGAGACUGUAUCUAGAUGCUGGAAGUUUAUAUUCCUCAUGACAUACAGUCGGACUUAGAGAUAGUAUAGAUUAUUUCAUAUAGAGAUAAGGAAGUGUGAAUAAAAGUAUCAUAUCAGAUGUUAAUUAAAGCAAGGAAGCAACUAACAGUGUUUACAUUAAGGGUGUUCAUUCAUCUUUGACCUCUGUUGACAUUGAAGCAUUCAUUAUUAUAGAAGUGACAUUUAGUGUAUAGAUAUGGUAUUUGUUGGUUUCAUUUUAUUUUAACCUAAUGUAUAAAUCAUGUUUAGUAGAAUCAAGCCAUGCUGUCAUACAUGACUAUUGUAUGAUGCCUUUGAUAUAAAUCAUCAUAUUUAUUACUUAACCAUUACAAGAUAACACUGAUUUUUAUGUCUCUAGUUAUGAGAUCUUUUAAACAUUGUAAUGUACUAUUCUAGUAUUGAAUAAUCUUAAAAAGACUCCCUGUUUCUAAGUCAAUAUAUUUAUUUAUGAAAUAUUAAUCAUUGCAAUUGCAUGGAGAAUGUAUGUAAGAUAUGUUAUAUUUAAAAAAGAGUGUUGUUAUGUUAUUUAUUUGAAUGUUAUAAAAUUUUGCCAAACAUGACAUGAUGCUAUAUUCAGUAUUUCUAUAUUACCUAUGCAGUAUUAUUUAUAUUUAUUUAUUAUGAAAUUAUCUAUAGUUUUAUCCUCAUGUUCAUUGUAUAAGUAUUUGCAUCUUAUUUAAGUCAGAUAAUUUUUGAUAGUGUGAUUUGUUUUGUUAGAAAAAGCUAGAAUUGUGGAAAUUCCUCUGAGAAGAAGUACUGUUAGAUGAAGAUUUUGUUUUAGAGAUCUUGGAACUGUUAUUGCCCUUGAUAUCCAUAUACUUAAUUGUUUCAAUACUUCAGAAUGUGUAUCAGUCUUCACCCAUUUCGUGUUGGUCAUCUGAGGUGCAGCUGUUGUAUAGAACAACACUUUAACAAACAAUCUAGUUGAAAGUGCAUUGUAAUUGUAAUCAUUUAAUUUAAUGUAGAUUUUCUGAAAAUGUUUUGUAGCUGUGGUAUUUCUAAGGUAUUUAACCUCAUAUUAACUGUAUCAGUUUUGCAUUAAUAUCAUUGUCUGAUGUCUCUUGUUAGUGUGCUGAUCUCCUCCCAGAGAUUUGUUACAUGUAACAAAAAGUUCAGAAGUGUUACAGCCUUCCAAUUAAAACAAAAACAACUAACAUGUGCAUUGAAUGAUUUUUUCUUGACAAUGACACUAUUCAAAAUCGUCUUUUAUUGUGUAUGUUGGGAUGAAUAAUUGUAAUGUAAUUUAGACUGGCAGUGGAUUUUACCAGUCCUCAAAUUAGACAAGAAUAAAGUGUUUUUAUUGUUUAAACACCCCUCCUUCAACAGUAGGUGGAAUUAUGCUUUCUGUUCUUUGAGUCCAUUAGUUCAUUGGUAUGAAUAUUUUAUGUCAGGUUGAAAUUUUGGUUUAAGGUAGUUUACCAUAGAGAUGUAAUGGAUGAGGAUAUAUGUUCAUUGUGAUGUGAACUUAUAAAAAUAUAUGCUAAAUAAGAGUUUGACCUAGAUGUCACAGUAUACUGAAUAUGGAAAUUUAAUAGUGCAAAUAGGGGCAUUUUAUCCUAUGGGCACAUAUGCUUGUGGUGUUUUGUAGCUCUUAAAUAGGGGAAGAUUAAUUUUAUGUAUUUACUCAUAAUCAAAACUUUUUUCGAGUUUUUGUCUUGAGAAAAAAUUGUGAAACAUAUUGUCAUCACAAAUACUCAUUUAUAUAUGUUAUAGUCCAAUCAGUUAACAUAAUAUUGCAUCAAUUUAUAUAUUUGUUACACCUAGUCUUAUUUUUAUAUGAAUAUUUUGUAAAAUUUUGUAAAUUCAUAAAUUAAGAUAAUAAAAAGUAGAGAUGUA